AUGCAAGCCGACAAAACAGUCACCUAUCCACUCACAGUAGCAACUCAAGCGAUCGCAGGUAUCACUGAGCUUGCUGAAAUGCCCAGAUGCCGUUAUGAGGUUAUUGAUCCUGACACGAAAGAAGCGGUUGAUGUUGUUACUGUUGGUAGUAAACUACUUCAUCAAUGGAUAUGCGACAGCACAUCACCUGCGGCUCUUUUCAGAUUCUGGUGCAUGACUGUUCAUUCGUGCCAUGUUGAGGACGGUUCUGGAACGACGUUCACCAUUUUGGAUGACAAAGGAUGCUCCAUCGACCGAUAUCUUCUGGACAAUCUCGAAUAUGGCCCCGGUCCGCUACGAGCACAGAAGGAGGCACAUGCGUUCAAAUUUGCCGAUAAGACUUUUGCGUUUUCGGACGCCGACGAAAGACGUAUCGCAUCGGUCCUGCAACGAUUACGAGGCGGUCAAGAUUGUAUUGCCAAACACCACCUGGUCCUCCCAGCGGCCACUGUUCUUUCCUUGAUCGUUUCCCUCAUCGGUGUGAUCUUUGUCCUGCUCAAGCGAUCUUAUACCCCAAGAGCAUGA